ACAAUUGUCUCUUAACAAUGCGAGGUGGAGUUCACAGCAAACUGCUCACAGCCAGGGAUAAAUAGGAGCUGUGCCUGAGAAUUGCACGUUGUAUCUUCUGCCAGUGUGUAGUUACGACUGCCAAAAUGGAGCUUUUCAAGUUUCUGUUUGGUUUCUUCUUGGUCUGUAACGUUUCUGGACAGAAUUACUGGCCACAGCCUCUGCCGAAACAACAGCUCUCCCCUCCUUUCAAGCAGCCACAGCAGACAAAACUUCCUGACGUUCCUUCUGAUAAAUGUGACGUGGAGGAGACUGAGAAGAUUCAGUGUGGGACUCCAGAUAUCACUCCUGAACAGUGUGAAGACAUUAACUGCUGUUCUGAUGGGUAUCAGUGCUACUAUGGGAAAGCAGUGACUGUGCAGUGUACCAGAGAUGGACAAUUUGUGGUGGUGGUGGCUAGAGAUGCCACUGUACCACCUAUAGAUGUGAAUUCAAUCAGCCUGCUUGAUGCAAACGAUGUCCUCUGUGGCCCGGUUGAUGGCACCUCUGCCUUUGCCAUCUUUCAGUUCCCUGUGACAUCUUGUGGCACCACACUCAAGGAUGAUGAGGGAUAUGUGGCAUAUGAAAACCACAUGGUGUCGUCGUAUGAAGUGGGACUUGGACCCAGAGGCUCAAUCACCCGGGACAGCCAUUUUGAGCUCUUGUUCCAGUGUAGAUACUCUGGAGCUGCUGUGGAGGCUCUUAUCAUGGAGGUGAAUCCUGUUCCUCCUCCUGUGUCUGUUGCAGCUGCAGGACCCCUGAGAGUGGAACUCAGACUGGGGAAUGGCCAAUGCCACUCAAAAGGCUGUGUUGCAGAGGACGUGGCAUACAGCUCGUUCUUCACUCAGUCUGAAUACCCCGUCACCAAGUUCUUGCAAGAGCCAGUUUACGUUGAGGUCAGACUCCUGGGAAGGUCUGACCCAAAUAUCGUCCUGAACCUUGACCACUGCUGGGCCACUGCCACCCCUGAUCCAGAGAGCCUACCCCAGUGGGACCUUCUGAUUGACGGGUGUCCUUACCAUGAUGACAGAUACUUGAGCACCAUGGUUCCUGUGGAUGGCUCCUCUGGCCUUCAGUACCCAAGUCAUUACAAACGUUUUAUUAGUAGAAUGUUUGCAUUUGUGGCUCCGGAUACCUAUGCUCCUGAGAAGGAAACGAUCUUUAUUCACUGUGCUACAGCUGUCUGUUAUCCAAAUGGUACAAACAGUUGCCAACAACACUGCCACCGCCAACGAAGAGCUGCAGUAAAGGUUCCCUCAAGUCAGAAGUCCUUGGUCUCAAGUGGUGAAGUGAUCCUCACUGAACACAAUACUUUGAGAUGAAAAUGUAAUGGUUUUUAAUAAAGGCUCAAAAUGUACUUCAGAACUUGUCUG